CUACUUUCACGUUGUCAUUUCAGAGGGAGGAACAGGACACUCUUUAUAAACCAGAAGUGAAUCAAAAGUAAGUCAGUAUUUGAAAUUUGCAGGAGAGACGCACACAUCUAUCAAACAGGAAAUUCCCCUUUUUGAUCAUAAAAGAACUUCCACGAAACGCAACGGAACAACAAAUAAAAAUGGCACAACGAACAUCUAAGGAUCUUACUGAAAUGAGAGUUGUUGUGGUUGGAAAAACUGGAUCUGGAAAAAGCGCUCUAGCUCACACCAUAUUUGGAGAAGAACAACGUCCCAACAAUACUCCUUUCAACUCAGAAACUACAAAGUGUGAAGUCAAAACCAAAGAUGUCAAUGGGAAACGCAUCACUCUGGUCGACACUCCUGGUUUCUUUGACACCAACAUGUCUGAGGAAAAGCUGAAGGCUGAGAUAUUGAGGUGUAUCAUAGAGUGUGCUCCUGGACCUCAUGCUUUUCUGAUUGUGCUGAAAACAGAGAGGUUCACAAAACAGGAGCAGUCUGUUAUCACUAAAAUAUGUGAGUGUUUCUCAGAUGAAGCUCUGAAACAUGCUGUGGUGGUCUUCACUCAUGGUGACCAGCUUCCUGAAGGGAGCAAAAUCAAUCAGUUUGUUCAUGAGAAUGAACUUCUUAGUGAUCUGGUGACUAAGUGUGGUAACCGCUGUCAUGUUGUUGAUAACAAAUACUGGAGGGGAGGCUCAGUAGAUGAAUACAGUAGCAACCGGUUCCAGGUGAAAGAACUUCUUCGAACAGUGGAAGCAAUGAUGGAGACAAAUGAAAGCAGCUUCUUCACCAAUGAGAUAAUGCAACAAGUGAAUGAAAGGAUAAGAGAAGAGGAAGCAAGGAUCAGACAGGAAGCAGGAAACAAGACAGAGAAGGAGAUCAAAGAGGAGGCCAAAGAGUCUGUCUUUGAAGAAUUUAUCUCCCUGCUGGCUCAAUUAGCUGCUGGUCUGUUGUUAAAUGCACUUUUUGGUGUGUGUAGGUCUUUGGUAAGAUCGUUGUAAGUUUAGCAGGAUCCAAAACAACCAAACUAGCUGCUUCUGUAGGAAUAGUUGUAUGUGUUUUGUGAGCUCUAGAGCAGCUGAUUGAGCAGAAACACUACAAGAAGCUGCAGAGUAAAUAACAGAGACAAUGAGAGAUGUUGAAAAAUUAAUAUUAAAGAAGGUACAAAAUAAUUUCCAGACAUCAAACUAAAAUGCAGAAACACCAUGUUAAUGAAUAAUUAAUAAUAAUAAUAACUUUGAGAACUGUGGGAUUACGCAUGUUCCACCCUUUAAUUCAAGCAAAAUGUAAAAUGUGAACUAAAAAAAAACAAAAAACGCUGGAUGUGAGCUCUGACCCGAUUCUCAGCUGAAGAACUUGAGCACAUUUCCCUUGAAAUGAGACCUUCACAGUCUCUCAGUCAUAACACCAAAGAACGAUUAUGUGGCCUAAACUUGUUCCUAAGCUAAAAAGUAGCACAGAUUCUGCUCAAAUUGCUGAUCCUUUUCUUUCCAACUUAUUAUUUUUUGUGUAUUAUAAUCAUUUCUUGGAUGAAUACAAUCUGCGCAAAUUGUAUAUAUACAUAUUUUUUUUCUUCUCUUUUUAAAUUAGAAUAUUUUGAUUUUUUUUCUCCAUUAACUAAUAAAGAUGAUUUUCUAUGUUUAUGAUCAUUUUUUGAUAAAUACAAUCUGCAUUAAUUGCCUUAUUAGCAAAUUAAGAUGAGUUACGUAUCAAUUUUUGUAUGAUCAUAUUUCUAUGAAUACAAUCUGCACAGUGUCUUUUUUUCAAUGAGAAUAUUAAAUGAUUUGUUGUGGAUGUUUUGAAAUUUGAUUACAUCAAUGAUAUUAAUGAUCCUUAACCUGACUCUAUUAAUAUUUGAUAUUAAGUCGUGAACCAGAUAUUGAUAAUUCAUGUAGAGAAAAUGGCAUGGUCGAGUCGGGGUGGGAUUUUAUAAGUUCACUUCCUUCCACUCCCUUUCAAGCGAGCGUAAAAUCUUUCUCCCUCGUCUGCUUGCAUUUUACUUUGUGUCAUCGAUCAUAAACCCGUUUAUUAACUGAAAUUUGAAUGUUUGAAAACAUUUUUCUGAACUUAAAUGUAUCUUAAAUCAGAGUUGUAACUGAUUUGCUAUUAAAGGAAGCAGUUCUUCAAUUUA